GAUGGGAAGAGGUUCAACACUCUGCAAGAGAGCGGUCAGCUGUGAGAUUAGUCAGUCCGCUCACUGAACUUCCUGCUGACAGCGCAGAGACCGGAGCAGACCUCUGAGGCACUGAGCAGAAGGAACAUGAAUGAUAACAUACAGGAUGAAGCGGUGCUAAAGCUGAUUGAGAAGGAGGUGAGAAUGCGGGAGGGAGCCAGUAAGCUGCUGGAAUAUUGUUCCAGGAGAGAGCAGGCCCUGGAGGCCUCCAAGAACCUGCUUACCUGCAAUACCCGCAUUCUGGCCUUACUCAGCCAACUGCAGAGGAUGAGGAAAGCCCAAAUCCUACACAGAGUGGAACGCAGACCAUCUGAAGAGGUAGUGCCAUGUUUGGGAAAAGUCGCCCUAUCAGACCUGCGAAUCCCACUGAUGUGGAAAGACUCAGAGUACUUCAAAAACAAAGGAGAGCUCCACCGCUGUGCUGUGUUCUGCCUGCUUCAGUGUGGCACAGAGAUAUACGACACAGACAUGAUGAUGGUCGACCGGACUUUAACUGACAUCUGUUUUGACGACACUAUAGUAUUCAGUAAGGAGGCCGGUCCAAGCUUUCAGCUGCGUGUCGAGCUCUACAGCUGUAGUGCAGUUGAGGACUUCUCCCCGGGGGCUCUAGGACCCAGGAGAGUGGGCUACCUGGGGGGUUCUCUGGGAUGCUCCUCGGGGAAGAAGAUCCGUGCUGCACUGGAGUCUGCUGCGGUUUGUGGAUCAGUAUUAAGCGCCGGAUUUGCAGGACAUGGAAGUGGGUCACCACCUCUAGGCCCCAACAUGUCACGAGUGGGGCCAAAGUAUAACCUGCUUGCUCACACAACUCUGACAAUCGAACACAUCAAGGAAGGUUUCAAGACACAUGAUUUGUCAAUAUCAGCAACAGAGGAUAGCCCCUUCUGGUUGCCUCUGUACGGCAACAUGUGUUGCCGCCUCAUGGCUCAGCCUCUCUGCAUGAUUCAGCCGGUCAUGAGGGGACAACUCAAGCUCAAGCUUGAAGAGGACCUUAAUUGCUGGGAAAAUGUCUACGGCGUCCUCAGGGGCCACAGUCUUCUCUGCUAUCAGAGAGAAGAGGACCUGGAGUCCGAGGACGAGCCUUUACUUGUAAUCCCUGUCAAAAAGGAUACCCUUGUGUGUUUAUCAGAGACAGAUCCAGACCAGUGCCAGAGUGUAUUCAUCUGUACAGAACAUGAAGGGGAGGAUGUGACCUACACACUGACCACACACACACCUGCAGACAGGCAGCGCUGGACCGAGGCCCUCUGGAGACACGUCUUCAACAUGAGCCAGUGGAAGCAGUGUUGCGAUCACCUCAUGAAGAUUGAGAUGCCCAGAUCAAGGAAAGCCAUUACAGUGAGGCAGGGAUCACUAUACCAUGAAAUAGUGACGCCCUCCUCUCCCAGAGAGGGUCUUGCAGUUCCAGAUCUAUCAGCUGAGAUCCGUACUUUGCUCUUUUCCUACUACAAGGAAAGUUAUUGACGACACUGGAGGGAUAAGAAACAGGCUUUGUGGGUUUUUCGGUGGACACGUCUGGUUAAGGAAGUGGACAUGGACUUGAUACACAGUGUGGCUUAACGAUCUGCAAAGGACACCUCCGCACUUCAUGAUAAUACUCACUACUUGUUUCCAAGCUGUUGGUUUUGUCCUUAACUUGCAGAAAGGACAAACUGUUGUACAGAUUGAGGUCAAGUAGCAACACGCAGCUUCGGUUCAGUUGAAAGGCUUCUAUGGGGCGCUGAUUGUAAAGUUGCACAUGCUCAAAAUGCACUAUAUAUUCAAUUUUCAAUACAGAAAAUUGUCACAUUUUUUUUAACAGCUCAGAGCAAUAUUUGUAAACUUUGUAAGAUUCAUUUCUAUGAUGACAACAUAUUGUAAGAUAA